UAAUUGUAUUGCUCACCAUUGAAAGCUCGAAGCUCGACUCAACGAGCGCAAUAUUAAAAAAAAAAAAAAUAAAUAAACUAAACAAGUCGGACCAAAGUGAGCUGUGCAUUUGUCGUUCGUAAUUGUAAAGUUUCAGUCCGACUUGAGCGUCAGUGGAAUUGAGACGUGUUUUAUGUAAGAAGAAAGUGAAAGUGUAAAAAUACAAAUAUAUGUACAUAUUUAAUUGUAUUAAAAAAAAAGCCGAGCUUGACAUGCAAAUAGAAAAUAAUAAGAAUAUAUAAUAUAUAGAAAAUAAAAGAAAUUAAUUUAGUUUCGCCAGCACAGAGUUGUUACAAGUGUUUUUGCCAUUCGAUCACCACAACACGUAAUAUUUAUAUUGUACAAAAAACGAGAGAAGAACGACUGACCGGUUCAACGGGUCACUUAUAUCACCACAACCAAGAGGCAACCAACCAAAAUACUCCAUCAGUAAAGUCACAAUGUCGCGUUUAAGUAUAGAAAUUCUAGCUUUGCUCGUGAGCUGUCUGACGUGCGGUGUUUUUGCACAGCAAAUCUGCCAAAUUACACAAAAUCUUAAUGAUGUGCCGCGCGCCGUACAUUCCGAUCUGUAUCGCGGUCAACAGAACUUCACUUUGUCUAUGCUGCAAGCCAUCAAUAAGGCCACACCCAAUGAGAAUGUCUUCUUUUCCCCCUACAGCACAUAUCAUGCACUACUCUUGGCCUAUUUCGGCUCACGCGGCCAAACAGAGGUUGAACUGACAAAGGCGCUAUCAUUAGAGUGGGCAAAGAAUAAGAAUCACGUGAUGCGGGGUUACACUUUGGAGCGUAGCAGUCGCAUUUCGCGUUCGAAGAACUCACCACUGCAAUUUUCCGCAGCCGAUCGUAUAUUUUUCGAUAAAGAAGAAGAGCCAACCGAAUGUGUGCAGCAGAUUUUCCAUCAGGAGUUGGCUAAACUCGAUUUCCAAAAUAAAUCAGAAGAGUGUCGCGUUGAAAUCAACAAUUGGAUCAGUAAUGUGACAAAGCAUGAAAUAACCGACAUGUUGAAGAUGGGAGAGGUGGACGCACAAACAAAAUUGGUGUUGGCAAAUGCCGCCUACUUCAAGGGACAGUGGUCGAACAAAUUCGAUCCGAAAGAUACCAAGAAAGAUAUCUUCUAUACGUCAGAGAGUAAACAAUCAUUUGUCGAUAUGAUGCACAAGCGUGGCACCUACAAUUUAGCGUUGGACGAAAACUUGGGCGCCUACGUGCUGGAAAUGCCCUAUGUCACUUCCAAUGACAAUGAGAAGGAAUCAGAUAUGUCAAUGAUCAUAAUUUUGCCACCCUUCCAUAAUUUGGAUGGCGUUUUGGCUAAAUUGACACCGGACACAUUGGACGAUGCGCUGAAAGAGGGUAUGGCUCGCGAGGUCGACGUGUCGCUGCCGAAAUUCGCUUUUGAACAAAACUUGGAAUUGGUGCCGGUACUUCGUGACAUAGGCAUUAAUUCGCUCUUCGAAGAGGAUUGUGAUCUUGGUGAAUUCUUCACCAACCGCUUGCGUUUCGGCGAUGCUAAGCAUGUGGCUAAGAUAAAUGUUGACGAGGAAGGUAGCACUGCUUCGGCGGCUACGGUGCUCUUCAGUUUCCGUUCGGCACGCCCGCUCGAGCCAACCAAAUUCGAAUGCAAUCAUCCAUUCCUCUUCCUUAUUUACGAUUACAAUGCCAAGGCGAUAUUAUUUACCGGCAUCUAUCGCGAUCCGAUGACACAGAAGUGAAAAUGUAUGCACGAAUUUCGAAGUUCGAAAGAAUAUAAUUUUUUUUUAAACUAAUAAUGCAAAACAAAACACAAUAUUUAAUAUCUAUAUAUAGUAUAUGUAUCUGAAAAAUGAUUUUCGAUUAAUUUAUAUGUUGCGAGAAAAAAAAAAACAACUGUUAUAAAAAUAAAAAAUAAAUAAAAAUAUAAA